AGAAGACAACGUCAUCAACAUUGUAGUCACGUGAAAUCAAUCGUUUCUGACUUACAUCCUAAAUCUUGCUAUUUUGUGUGCAAAAUGUUCGCUAGAUGAUCAUACUAUAAAAUAUGGAUGAAGACGGUCUACCUAUAGUUGGCUCUGGUGUUGACCUGACAAAGGUUCCUGCUAUUCAACAAAGAAGAACCAUUGCCUUUCUCAAUCAAUUCAUUGUACACACUGUCCGAUUUCUAAACCGCUUUUCUACGGUCUGUGAGGAGAAACUGGCAAACAUCUCUCUUCGCGUACAACAGAUAGAAACAACGUUGUGCAUUUUGGAGGCCAAGCUCUCCUCUAUCCCUGGACUUGAGGAUGUAACAGCAAAUGAAGUCCGUGUGCGGCAAAAUACAAACAUAAAUGGUCUUCCUGCCAGUCACAUGCAGACAGAAAAUGUGGAAAGUGUACCACCCACAGAGGCUGUUCAAAAUGAACCUGAUCCGCCAACUGCACAGAAAGCCGAAGAGACUAUAUCAGAAAAUGUGAUAACUGUUGCUAAGGAUCCACAAUAUGCUCGUUAUCUUAAGAUGGUUCAAGUGGGUGUUCCUGUAAUGGCUAUUAAAAACAAAAUGGUCUUGGAGGGUUUAGAUCCCAGUCUUCUUGACACGCCAAAUGCUCCUUUGCCUGGUGGAGCUUCUGGGAGCACUGAUGAUCAAGAUGUCAAUAGUUCAGAUAGUGAAUCGUCCUUUAGUGACUAACUACCAAAAUGGUGUAUGUCACAGCAACUAACAAAAAGGAAUGCAGAUUGUACAAAGGAAAUGACUGUUAAGAACUGUCUUUGUACAAUCAUCAGAUAAUGCAAAUGUAUAAUUCACCCCUUAAUACUUUUUUGUGUGUGUUUUUGACAACACAUAUAUUUUAGAAGACUUUUAUUUAUUAUGAGGAGAAUGCUUUUUUCUCCUGGAUACAAAUGUGUGAGUACUCAAGGAAACCAUGAGUAUGUGUUUUUAAUAAGAUAAAAUAAUAUCAAAUAGAAAAUUGAUCAAUACAAGGAAAUAUUUUUUGUAUAUCACCUAGUUAUAUAGAAAAGAUAUUUAGAGGUGCAUCAACUACCCAAUUGACAUUAAACAGUGUGUACCUUUUUAUAAUGAGUAGACAGUAUAGUGGGGCCUGGUGUCAUUGUCACUCUCAACCAAUCAAUCAUUUAAAAGUGGCAAAUAUAAGGACAGUUUCUUAUCAUCAGAAGAGGUUUUCAUAUUGAAUAAUAAUUAGUGUUAGUUACACCUUUCAUUGUUUAUUACUUUAUUUUUUAGUCAGGACACUGACACCUGCUGAUGGAAGUGAGGUCUACUUUUUUAAAUAUAUUUUUUCUGGAAUGUUUUGGACAUUCAGGAUAAGAAUUUGGAUAUUCUCUGGAUACUACUUCACCGAUAUUAAUCCUGUGGUGAUCCUUUACCUAAAGUGCUUAUUAUAAUAUUAUACUUGCAUUGCUAAACAAAGUUAAGAUGAGUGUGAUGAUAAAUGUGACAAAUGUGUAAAACUUAACAAAACUCUUAAAGGAUAAAU